UGUGAGCGAAUCGAGAACGCGUUGAAUCGACACUGACUGCCAGUGUGUGCCAUAAGAACCCCAUGUUUUCCAAUGAGACGUUCAAUGCAUUCAAUGUUUAUCUCAUUCGCGAAGUAAUAGUCAUUAGGUUUGCGUUCAACACAACACUUGACCACCAAUUUAGCCAUCAGUUUGCGGACACCCAUUGCAUCCACUCUCCAGAGCACAUCACCCUAAGGAACCACUCAUUCACCGUGCAUUCAAAGACACUAUCGUUUCGUUUGAGUUCGCAAUGAAUUGUCGUUAUCUGUGACCAAAAAGUGGACAUAUUUUGUCAUUUGGACACUCAUUUGGCGCACUUUAAGACUAUUAUCACUGAAUCCGUGUCUCGCCUCAGACGCGAGUCUUAAGUAUCGUUGAAUUGAUUCCUGUGCUGUGGUUAAGCCAUAAAUGUUCAUUGGAUUGAAUUGAAUCUUAAGACCCAUUGAUAGCCAAAGACAUGAUUGUGGAGAAUACGGAAGCGUUUAGGAGUUGGCUCAGGAGUUACUUGGAACCGCUCUGCGAUGCCGAUCCGGAAGCGUUAGCCAAAUACGUGAUGGCGUUAAUCAAAAAAGACAAACCAGAGAAGGACUUGAAGAGCAUCUGUUUGGAUCAGUUGGAAGUGUUUCUGUCGCACCAGACGAUCACAUUCGUGGAGACACUGUUUGACACCAUCGGCAACAAGUCGUACCUCAACGCCGCGGUCCCGACGACGACGCCAUCGCCCGCACCCGCAGUCACCUCUUCGCGGCCGUCGACGCAAACCUCCGGAGCGACGGUUCCAUUGUCCGACUCGACGCCAUUGGCGCCGAUGGCCCGGCAAAAGAGUCCAGAGUUGGGAACAAACAGUAGUAACAAUAAUAGGAGUUCCGAACAGCAGUCCAAUAGUUUGCAACCAAAAGCCGAAUCAACUCAUGAGUCCAUUAAUAAAGUGAGAGAUAAUAAGCGCCGCCGGAGUCGGAGUAGGAGUCGGUCACCGAUGGCUAACACACGGCGUCGGGACGGGUUCGACACCAGACGGUUAGGUCCGAUACCCAAUCGCAACAACGGAAGCGCUUAUUUCAAUGACGACAGACGUAAUCGACGCGGAAAUAUGAACGCCCGGCGCUCUGGCUCUCAACGCUUUGGCGGCUAUCGUAACGAACGGGACUACAGAAGGGGACCGCCGAAGAGGGGGCACUCCAGGAGCCGAUCGCCGCGUUCCUUCUCCAGCGGCUCGCCAUCGCCCGCGCGGUCCCGGAGUCGCUCGUGGAGUAGGGAUAGGGAUCGCGACUCACCGUCUAAUAAACGGAGUCGUCCUGCGUCGCGACCCAACUCCCGAUCCCCCUCUCCCUCAUCGAAAGGUAACCCCAAAGACGGUCCGAAGGCCAAGAAGUGCAGGGAUUACGAGGAGCGGGGGUUUUGCAUCAACGGAGACCAGUGUCCCUACGAUCACGGCAACGAUCCCGUCGUUUUGGACAGUAAUGUCUCGGCGGCGCUCGGAUUCACGAACAAUAACCCGUCGGGCGCUCCUCUCAUGCACCCCAUCCCGGGCCCUAUGAUGCCCGGCCCCGGUAUACCUCCAAACGCUCCCAAUUCAUAUCUGGCCGAACCGUACAAUCCGGAAGCGCCCGGAAUGGACCCAAACGUUCAGAGACCACACCCGCCACAGGGACCGCCCGGUGGCCCUAUGGGACCACGAAUGCCUCCCCCGCCCCACUAUUGGGGUCCAAUGCCUAUGAGGGGUCACAUGCCUGGUGGCCCACCACUACCGCCGCCUCAGUUCAUGCCUCCACCGGGAAGACCGCUGCUGGGCGUAGUAGUGUUGGAAUAUUGA